AUGGGAGAAGGCGAUACUGGUGCGCCGAAGCCGCGCGGUUUUCUCGAUGGAAAAGGACGCGUUCACCCAACGCGGGCAGCACUGGAGGGGAUGUACAUCAAAGAGCAGGAGAUGAAGAAAAUGAAAGCUCUCCGCGAGAAGCAGGAAGAGUCACAGAAGCAUAUGGAGGAGCAUGAUAAGCAUCUAGAAGAAGAUGCGAAGACUCCGGGCGGCGAACGGGGUUAA